AUGGAAUUAUUAAAGGAAUACGAAGUUAAAUUUAUUCUAGAGAAAUGCGGUUACAGUAAUAUUGAUUCUUUUCAAUUUGUUUUGCAAAAUUAUUCGGAAGAACUUGUCGGUUAUUUAGGUGAACAUUUAAAGUUGAUUAUCGAUGUUAAAGCUAAGGUCGAGUCUCGAGUGAUUUUGUUCGUGAAAUGCAUACCAAGAUUCGAUGAGUAUAAAGCUCAAUACUUACGUGAAACGACUUUUUUCAAAAAGGAGUUCGUUUUAUUGAGUUCGCUUUUCAAUCAAUUUGUAAAAUAUGAAGGAACAAGAAAAUGGCACCCGGAAUUACUUUACGCAAAAGAUAACGUUUUAGUCUUCGAGGAUGUCACCGAAAUUGGUUAUACAAUGCCCGACUGUAAAAAUAACUUCACUUACGAAGAGACAGUCGCAACUGUAGAAGCUAUGGCCAAAUUUCAUGCACAAUCAUUUAUACUUGAAAACAGUAAAUCGAAAGAACUGAAACGACCAUAUAGCAUAUGGGAAGACUUUGGCGAAUAUUUAAGUGAACCAGCAAGGGGGCAGAUGUGGAGGGACACUGGGCGAAACGGGGUUAUGGACUAUCUAAAGACAUACUCCGCAUACAAAGAUGAGCCAAACUUCAUCUUACUCGUUGAUAAAAUUAUUCCUGACUUGUUUGAUCGCGCUAAUAAUUCAGCCAAGCCCUCUUCACAUUAUCGAAAUGUGGUUGUCCAUCGUGAUAUUUGGGCUAAUAAUGUUUUUUUUAAACCUUACAAUGGUGAAUUGCAUGCUUUAAUUGUUGAUUUCCAAACUGCGUUGUAUGCGUGCCCGAUGAUAGACUUAACUGCAGCUAUAUUUAUUAAUACGAGAAAGGAAUUUCGUUUAACGCACACAAAAGACAUAUUAGAUGUCUAUUAUAAUUGUCUAAAAAAUGCAAUGGAAGUUGAAAAUUUAAACGUAUCGGAAUUUAUUAGUAGAGAGCAACUGUCACAAGCGUAUGAAGAGAGUAUUUUGUUUGGUAUCAUUCAAGCAUCACUAAUUGUUCCUAUAAUAAUGAUACCUGCUGAUACAAUAGAUGGUGUUCGUGAUGGGGGUGAAAAAAAUCAUGAAUUCGAUUCCAUUUCUCGUAGCAGUUAUUUCAUAGACUCAGCUAAGAACAGUGAAUGUUAUUACGAUAGAGUUUCGGAAUUAUUUGAUGAAAUAGUAGAAAGGUACAUUUUGCCUAUCUUGAAAUCAAAAUAA